GAAAACUACACUUACCAAACAAGUUUAUUUUUUUAUUUUAUUAAAAAUAAGCUUAUAAAGUUAUAAGACUCUUGAAUAUAUUGAUUCGAGUGAUCAAAGAUUCUUCAUUUUGGUAUGAACAAACUUCAUUUGGGAUAGUGUGCAUAACCAGACUCAGAAAUGGCGCCAAGUGAAGACGCCGACGCUGCUUUAUCUGAUCCACUUACGGAGGAAACAACCGCCACCAAGCGGCAGCGUUUGAACUCCUCCACCGAAACCCUGUCGUCCCUAACCUCACCAUCUUCAUCUUCCUCAUCAACCAUUCCGACUCUUCCAUUCGAGAUCGUCGCGGAGAUUCUCUCCAGGCUGCCAGUCAAAUACCUCAUGCAACUCCAAUCCGUCUGUAAGUCCUGGAAAUCUCUCAUCUCCGAUCCCAAAUUCAUCAAAAAACACCUUCACGUGUCCACCACGCGCCUCCAUCUCGUCUUAGCCUUCGCCAAUUCCUCUCGCAAAUUCGCCCUCUCAGCUUAUCCUCUCUCCUCCUUCUUCACCGACGUAACUUCCACCGCCACACAGCUAGAUUACCCUCUGAACAAUCGAAUUCGAAACCUUUUCGAUCUCAUCGUUGGCUCUUGCCAUGGUAUCCUCUGUUUCGCACUCGAUCAACGUUUCGCUCUUUUGUGGAACCCUUCCAUUAAGAAAUUUACGAAAUCACCAUCUUUGGAUAAUCCAAAACGAGAUGGGAGUUACACAAUUUAUGGUUUUGGCUAUGAUCAUGUCAAUGACAUUUACAAGGUUGUUGCUGUUUAUUGCUUUGAAUCUGAUAACGGGGAUUACAAAACUCAAGUGAAGGUCCAUACUUUGGGUACCAAUUUUUGGAGAAGGAUUCAUGAUUUACCUUUUGGUGUCCCUUUUGAUGAAUCAGGAAAAUUCGUUAGUGGAACUGUUAAUUGGUUGGCAUCUAACGAUUCGUCAUAUACUUCAUCGAUAAUUGUUUCUCUUGAUUUGGAGAAGGAAACUUAUCAAGAGCUGUUGCAGCCGGAUUAUGGAGCCAAAGCGGUAAACGUGGUUACUAAGACCUUAGCAGUGUUGAGGGAUCGCAUGUGCAUUCUUGCUCAUAGUCAUACUUUUUUCGAUGUUUGGCUUAUGGAGGAGUAUGGAAAUAGAGAAACUUGGACUAAAUUGUUCCGUGUUCCUUACAUAGGGAAUGUUGGGCGUUGUCCUUAUACCAAUGCACUUUAUGUUACUGAGGAUGAUCAGGUGCUGCUGGAGAAUCAGUUCGAGUUGGUCGUUUACAAUUCUAGAGAUGGUACUUCUAAAACUCUUGAAUUUCCAAACAUCAAAGGUUGGAUGGUCCUUGAAGUCUACCAAGAGAGUUUGAUAUCACCAUGUUCUUAAUAAUAGUAGAAUGCAUGUAGUAAUGAGGAUGUUAUAUGCUAUGUUAUGUCACUUGUGCAUGAGGUUUAUGAAGAACCGGGAUUCUUCAACUCCCUAACUGCAACCUGUAUGUUAAUUUCUAUUUGUGUUAUGUACCUUUUGUUUGCUGAUUACUUCAUGGAUUAUUGUUCAUUAUUAGACGAUGAAAUAUGUUGCCUGAGGAAUUGUGGUGUUAGAUUUAUUUUAUUCGAUGAUUAGAGUUUUUUUGAUCGA